AAACAAACAAUAGGCUUACAAAAAUGGAACAAAAAAAACACCCCAAAAACAGCGGUUAACCACAGCAAGUCCAAAGGCCAUCCGCCCCUCUCUCUCUCUCUCUCUCUCUCUGAGGGCCAAACAAAUCCACCACACCACCAUUAUAAACACACACACACCCCAUCAACAAACUCAAUUCAUCUCCAUCUACAAAAAUUUCAGGCUUCCAUCCCAAUUCAAUCAAAAAAACAGACAAAAAAAGAUGAACCCCAUUUCACUCGCUGUGGCUGUUUUGGUGGUUUCCCUCUGUUCCUUCCAAGCACAGGGAGACGAUGAUCUGAUCAUCAAAGCCUGCAGCAAAACCUCUUACAACGACCUGUGCAAAGCAAUCUUACAAGCAGCACCAAAUAGCAAUGAUGCAGAUCUCUAUGGAUUAACACAAAUCGCAUUGAACAUUGCAGCACAGAAUGUUACCAACAUAUAUCAAACCAUAGACAAACUUCAAAACGACUCAUCCGUAGACAGUUUCGUGGAUGAAUGCUUGACGGACUGCUUGGAGAAUUAUCAAGAUGCUACUGACCAAAUCGAAGAUUCUGUCACUGCUUUGGAAUUCAAAGCCUUUAACGAUGUCAGGACAUGGGUUGCUGCUGCCAUGAGCGAUGUAGCUACCUGCGACCUGGGCUUCAAAGACAAGCCUGGCUAUCAAUCUCCUGUUCACCAAAUGAGUGCCGUUUUUGAUCAGAUAUGCAGCAUUGUCUUGACCUUUAAUCACUGUUUAAUUGAAGGGAAUGUUCACCUCACCAGCUAAACAUGGUUUCGUUGUUGUUUGUUUGUUUGUUUGUUUCUGGCUCUUCAAACCUCAAAAAUAAUAAAUGUUUCAACGUAAAUUAUCAUAUCAAUAUCAUCCUCCAAACAGAAAGAGAGGGUGAACAAACACAUUCAAUUUAGUAAAUACCAAUUCUUAUGUUCAGAUCUCUUCAGUUUUUAUUCGUUUUCUUCCUUCUCACAAACUAAUUCACAACAAAACUUGGAAAUCAUCAGGGAUUAACAAUCUACACAAACAAUCGAAUCGUAAUCCUAUAUAUCGGAAGAUUUCUUUGCACUCUCAGUUUGUGUAAAUGAAAUUCAUCCACGAAACGAACUAACAAAUUGAUGUCAGCCAAGGAAUUCAGAUCCCUUGAAACAUUCAUCUCCUCUUGUAAAUCAUCGAUUUCCAUUCGUUUUUCCUCUGAAAACCUAAUUCAUGAGAAAACUCCAAGUGAAAUGCGUCGAUACUCUGAUUGAAGCAAAGAAAUCACCAGAGAUUUAACCAUUUGAAAAAUGAUCGAUUCGAAAUCUCAUUCAAGAUAAUCAAACACAAAAUUCAAAACAGAAAAAAGUAAUAGGGGAUGGAAGAAUAUUAAUGUAAUCCAGUUACAUUGGAGCGCAUCUCCAUUGAAAAUAGAAAGAGAAGGCUCAAGCAGAAAGGAUGAUUUCGCUGUCCGCGCAGAUAAAAUCCUGGAAACGAUUCCAAUGAGAAACAAAUUUCCAAGAAGAUCUCUGCGCGAAAUAUGAACAAAACUUAGAAGAAAACACGCUAAUUUCUAAAAUAUUGAAGUGAAACGGCGCAAACUUGAAUUUCCAAGGAA